AUGUCGAAGAGAAAUUCAUUUAUUAGGAAUUCCCCUAGGGAGGCCACUACUCCAACUUUCACAAAUCCAUAUGAUGCUUCCAUGCACGAUCAACAGAUGGUUCAACAACAACAAGCACUGAUUCAAGCUCAACUUUUCCCUAAUAAGAUUAGUAAUAAUGGAGGAAAUUCCAACCUGAAAGUUGUAAUUGAUGAUGAUCCUGAAAUACCACAAUAUAAAUUACAAACUGUAUUUCAAAAGAAUUCUCAAUAUAAUUGUAAAAUCGUGGUAGUUGGAGAUGGUGGUUGUGGGAAAACCAGUUUAUUGAUUUCAUAUUCACAACAACGAUUUCCAGAAAUUUAUGUUCCAACUAUUUUUGAAAAUUAUGUUACUAAUGUCUUAGCUCCCAAUGGUAAAAGUAUCGAACUAGCAUUAUGGGAUACAGCUGGUCAAGAAGAAUAUGAUAGAUUAAGACCAUUAAGUUAUCCUAAUGCUGAUUUAAUUCUAAUCUGUUUUGCAUUGGAUAGUUUAACUUCUUUACAAAAUGUGAAAGAUAUUUGGUAUCCUGAAGUAAAUCAUUUCUGUCCUGGAGUCCCCGUUUUAUUAGUAGGUACAAAGAGUGAUUUAACAUCUGAUUUUAAUACUGAUUUACCCAUUCAAUUGGCCACCGAAAUAAAUGCCAUUGGAUUUAUUGAAUGUAGUGCUAAAAAGAUGUUUAAUACAUCUACCGUAUUUAAUUUUGCAUUAAAUUUUUUUCAAAAACAAAAGGAAUUACAAGAACAGUAUGAAAAGACAAAUAGUCAUAAGAAAAGAUUAUCCAAAGUAUUCAAUGGUCCAGGACAUUCUCGUAAUAAUUCAUCAAUUUCUUCAUUAAAAAAGGGCCAUUUCAAGAACUUAUCAUAUGAUUCAACAUUAUACAAUCCAGUACCAGAGGUUCAUGCUGACGAGGAUGUGAAUAAUUUUGUUAAUCCAUAUGAUAACCCUAAUAAGUACAAUGCUGAAGAAUUUACAUUCACAAGAGAAGAAAAGAAGAAGAGAAAAUGUACUAUAUUAUAA